AUGCGAAAUAUGUUUUUUUCGCGCGAUCACAUCCGGGUAUCUUGUCAGGACCAGGCAAUCCUACAACUCAAAACGCAAAGGGACAAGAUUAAACAAUUUAUUAGACGAAAAGAAAGGGAUAUGGAGAGAGAAAGAGAACUGGCUCGGCAACUCAUCAAGGAUGGGAAGAAAGACCGUGCUCUGCUACUGCUGAAGAAGAAAAGAUAUCAAGAAAAUGUCAUCGAGCAGACCAUGCGACAUCUGGAUAAUAUCGAUAGAAUGGUGCAUGAUCUGGAAUUUGCUGAUAUACAACAAAGAGUUGUUGAGGGACUUCGUCAAGGAAAUGAUGCAUUGAAGAAGAUUAAUGCGAUUUUCGAUAUCGAUGAGAUAGAAAAGCUCAAAGAAGAGACGAGAGAAGCCGCUGAGUACCAGGAGGAGAUCUCCGCUCUUCUGUCUGGUCAGCUAUCCAAUCUUGACGUGGAGGAGGCUGAACAGGAAUUGGAGCAGUUACUGGCUGCUCAAAUCAGCGAUGUCAAAUUGCCAGAUGUUCCUACGCACGACUUGCCAGAGAGGCAAAGAGAGAAGGAACCAGCAAGCAAGAAACGCGAACGCGUAGCGGUGAUGACCGAUGUGUAAAUACUGUAAAUGAUAUUCUUAUAUCCUUACAUGACUUUUUAGACUAUUCACGUGUACCUGUGAUAAUCUACGCUUGUAUAUGUAGAUAAAUGUGAUUGAAAGUUCCUAUUUCACUUCAUGAAAUGGUUGCUAUCUUUCAUUUUCAUAUUAUCCAUUUCUAUACUGUAAGCUUGUAAAUAGCUAACAAGUGCUCUUUUUGCCUAGAAUAUCAUUUUCAUUCCGGAUCGUCGUCGAUUUACA